AUGAGACGAAAGAGACCAAUUUCUCCCUUGAUUGGGUCAAAUUAUCCCAGGCUCGCGCAGUGCGCACGUCAUGAAAUACUAGGCGUGCUGGUUCACGAGGUCGUGGAUCACUAUCGGUCCAGUGCAAAAGAGACAUGUCCAGGGUGUCUUAUCGAGGUGUGCACGUUCUGA